AUGAUAAAUCUUUAUAUAAGGAACCAGACUGGAGUCAAUUUUUCUGUAACUAUUGACACUGUGAAUUUGGAAAGCAGGUUUUCCGAAGGUAUGCAGAUCUUUAUUAGUGUGGUGAUUUCCGUGCUUAUAUUUUUUAUGGUUUCUGGUAAUUUUCUUGUGAUGUUAGCAUUCAUUGUAGACAAGAGGCUCAGAACUCAGAGUAACUUCUUCCUACUGAAUCUGGCUAUUUGUGAUUUUUACAUUGGGGCUUUCUCCACACCUUUAUUUUUACCAUAUAUGCUCACUGGGAAGUGGAUGCCAGGAAGAACUGCCUGCAAACUCUGGUUAACAAUUGAUUAUACACUGUGUACGGCAUCAGCAUUUAAUGUUGUCCUUAUCAGCUAUGACAGGUUUCUUUCUGUAACCAAGGCAGUUCUAUAUCGCUCUCAACAAAACAGACACAGUCAGACUGUACUUAAAAUGGUCACUGUCUGGAUACUCUCAUUCAGUCUCUAUGGUCCAACCAUACUGUUUGGUGACAGAAUCUUUGAAGGCAAUAACUUCCCUGAUACUACAUGUCUUGUUAACUUUUUGAACAUCUGGUAUUUUCAUUUUGGAACCUCCAUUUUUGAUUUUGCUUUUCCUCUAAUCAGCAUUUCAUUUUUUAAUUUGAGUAUUUACUGGAAUAUAAAGAAGCGCAGCAAGAAGAAGAGACACUCUUGUAUUUCACAUUCUCUCAAAGAGAAUCAGAAAACUCUGUACAUUAUAGCAACUAACACAGUUCAUUUUGCUCCACAAUUACAACAGAACGAGGAAGUUCGAGUUCCUGUAAAGAAAAGAAUCAAAAGUAUUUUAAGACAAUAUUUUCUCUGUCAGAGAAAAUCCUCCUCUCCAACCAAUAGCAGACUGAGUACAAGAGAUAUUCAAAUCAUUGAGCUUUCUCGGGACAAGAAAAUUGCCAAAUCUCUUUUAAUUCUAGUUUGUGUUUAUGCUGCUUGUUGGGCUCCAUACACAUUUUUGAUAAUUAUAGGUAAAGCCUGUAAUGGAUAUUGUAUAGAAUCGUACUGGUAUGACAUCACAAUCUGGCUGUUAUAUUCAAAUUCUGCGAUUAAUCCUAUCCUCUAUCCUUUAUGUCAUAAAAGUUUUAGAAAUGCUUUCACCAUGAUGUUCCAAAUGUACCUAAAACACGUAAUUAGAAAAUAG